AUUUAAUCUGCCCACUCUUGUCUCAGUCCAUCUCCAGCAAUCACAUAUGGAACACUUUAACAGCUUAUAACAAACUACAUCACAGCAAGAGAAAGGCACAGAUGAACGGAGACCCCCCAGCAGAGGAGGAUUUCUCCCAGAUCCCACUGGUCGAGCGAAGUCAGCACAAGAAUUGGAAAGCCAGGUUAUCGGCAUACAACGAUGUCAUUUCAGGCUCAGCGAAGACUGCAUCAGAUACAGAUCCAUUCUUUCAACCGUUCGUCAAUGAUGGAGCUUUAUUGAAGAAAUGGUGUCUUGACGCGAAUGCCGUGGCUCAAGAAAAAGGUAUCGAAGCUGUCCUUGCGAUUGUCCAGUAUAGCGGAGAGUCGAGUGCCAGAUUACGGCCAGAAGUGGUCCCAGCCAUCGUGGAGAAGGCGCUUGGUUCAGCUAGAGCAGGAACCAAAAAGAAGGGUAUGGAUCUUUGUGCUAUGUUUGUCGAAAUCGAAAACGGCGGCGAGGGUGUGAUGAAUGAUGUUCUGGAAGGUUUGGGUGCAAAGCUUCCCAAGGCGGUGGCCGGUGCUGUGACAUGCCUGAAAGAUAUCGUAGAAUCGUUUGGGGUUCCCACGAUGGGUAACAUCAAGCCUCUACUCAAAUCUCUGUCCAAAAUAUUUGGUCAUUCUGACAAGAAUGUGAGAGCAGAAGGCAGCUCUCUUUCCAUUGUUCUGUAUACAUAUCUCGGACCUGCUCUUCUCCCUGCAUUGUCGGACUUGAAACCGGUACAGAUGACUGAGCUCCAGAAAUCUUUCGAGUUGAUGGACGCAGAAGGCAAGGGCGCUGGCUCUGGAAAACCUACACGAUUUACUAGGAAAGUGCAAAGGGAGCGAGAGGCUGUUGAGGAUGCUGGUGGUGACGAGGAAGUUGGAGCGGAUGAAGCUGACGGUCAAGCAGAAGAACCGUUUGAUCCUACAUCGCUGCUCGACCCUGUAGACGUUCUUGCCUUAUUCCCCUCUGAUUUGGAGUUGCGACUUUCGUCAACAAAAUGGAAAGACAGGCUUGAAUCCCUAGAAGAGUGCAACAAGAUCCUUACGGACCCCAGGAAUGCCAAAAUUUUGGAUAGCAAUGCCGAUGCCUACGGUCCUUUAGUCCAAACUUUAGGAACAAAAUGCAAGAGUGAUGCCAACGUCAAUGUCGUCAUGGAAGCUUGUAAAGUGAUUGAAGGACUAGCAAGGGGUUUGGGCAAGAGCUUUGGGAGGCAUAGGGGGGUGGUCAUGCCCGGGAUGAUGGAAAGGUUGAAGGAAAGGAAAGCGAGUGUUGUGGAAGCGCUCGGCAAGGCUUUGGAUGCAGUCUUUUCAACGACAACCUUGCAGGACAUUGCUGAAGACGUCCUCACCUCGCUCAAAUCAAAAAAUCCCCAAGUCAAGGAGGGCACUCUCAAAUUCCUCCAUCGCUCUCUCCAAACAACCCUUGACGCUCCCGGGAAAGAUCAGAUAAAACCUUUGGCUGAAGCUCUGGUCUCCCUUCUAGGAGACAGCGCAGAGCCUGUGCGAUCAACAGCAGCAGAAUGCUUGGGUACGAUGAUGAAGAUUUUGGGUGAGAGGGCAUUCAAUCCCUACGUCGAGAACAUACAAGAAAUCCAAAUGGCCAAGGUGAAGGAUGCGUUCGGAAGAGCACAAAUAAAGUACAGACCUGGUGGCACGAAAAAGCCAGCCGCUGGGCCGCGGCCUGUUGCCGUGCCUUCCAGAAAACCUGCCUCUUCCAAGCCUCCUGCGCCUCCUUCUUCACCCCCUAUCAAGGCUUCUGGCAAGUUCGGUGGUGGCAAAGAUGACCUCAUACAAGAGUUUGCUUCCCCCCAGCGUGCGCCACCUGCCCGUUUCGCCCGACCAGGAGUCGUCAAAUCUGCUGCUGUGCCUCCAUCUUCACCACCUAUCAAAUCAGUACCUAAAACUGAUGAGGAAAACGUUGUCGUGAACGAUAUGGCACCCCCUAAACGAGGGCCGCCAGCGCGAUUCGCCAAGCCGGGGUCUACGAAGCCCGCUGCUGCGGCAGCACCAGCUCCUUCCCAACGCGCGGCCCCGGCAGCCGCUCCGCCUGCCUCCAGAACUGCCUCCGCCGCAGGUAAAUCUGGACCAGUUAAGACCCUUACAUCAUCUCCCAACGAUCCCAUCAAAUUCAAGUUUUCUCCUGAAGAUGCUGCCGCUCAAGCAUCAGAUCUCAUCCCUUCCGAAUUUGCUUCCAAAUUCAGCGACAGUGCAUGGAAGGUUAGGUUAGAAGCUGCAGAUGAGAUGAUUAAGUGGGUGGAAGAAGAGGGCGCGGAAAAGGUGGAUGCGGAGAUUAUCCUGAGAUUCCUUGGUAAGAACCCUGGAUGGAGCGAGAAGAAUUUCCAGGUAUCAGCCAAGAUAUUUCAGGUCAUUCAGAUAGUCGCCCAGAAAUCGCCCACCUUCGGAAAGCCUGUCGCCGCAUUGGCCGUUGGCCCGCUCACUGAUAAGCUGGGUGACAUGAAGCUCAAGAAGCCUUCUGGCGACACUUUAUCCACAUUUGCCGAAAGAAUCUCUCUCGCUUUUGUCCUCGCCCAAGGCUAUGAACCUAUGUCCAAACAAAAGGCUCCCAAAGCUCAAGCCGAUGGACUGCUAUGGAUAAAGCAGCAGCUGAUCGAUUUCGGUAUCGCCGGAAUCCCUCUAAAAGAUCUGAUCAGCUUUGUAAAGACGGCUCUAGGGUCACCAAACGCACAGGUCAGACAGAGCGCAACGCAGGUCUUGAUCACAAUCAGGAUUGCUGUUGGCGCUGAUAUAUCUGGUUUCCUUGAGGACUUGAAUCCUCAACUUCUUUCCACCAUCAAUUCUGAAUUUGACAAAGUAUCGUCCCAAUCCCCUCCGGAACCAGUCAAAGAUCAAGUCGACCUUAAAGAAGUAGCUGCCGUUCCUGGAAAAGGCGGUAAAGGUGGUGGCGGUAGUGAUCCCUUGGAUGAUUUGAUCCCUAGAGUCGACCUGGACAAACUUGUAGCCUCUACAAAUGUUAUUGCGGGGUCCAAGAGCGAUGCCUGGAAAGUACGGAAGGAAGGGUUCGAAGCUCUCAACAGCAUCUUAGAGGUCAAAUCGAACUCCAGACUGAAGCCUAACAUGGGUGAAAUUGGUGGCGUGUUGAAAAAGGCCAUGGCGGAUACGAAUCUUUCGGUCAAGCUUCUAGCCCUCGGCAUCAUCUCCAAGAUUUCCGUCGGCAUGGGCCAACCUUUCGAUAAGUAUCUCAGACUUCUCACUCCCGCUGUCGCCAGCGUCUGCGCGGAUCAAAAAGCGACCACUCGAACGGCAGCACUUAAUACACUGACAGCCAUGGCGGACUCUGUUGGGGGAUUAGAUGGGUUAUACGGGGGCUUAGGGGCUGCCCUCGAAACUGCCAAUCCUGCUCUUCGGUCAUCCGUACUUGGUUGGCUUGCCGAACGACUCCAAAACGAGCCCCCUUCUUCGUCGGCCGACAUGAGUCCCCUCGCAGGACCUGUCAUCCAUUGCCUGGAAGAUCGCAAUGGAGACGUCAGGAAGGGCGCCGCCGCCGUUCUGCCGUACGUAGUAAGCUGUGCUGGAUUCGAUUAUGUCAUGGAUCAAACUUCAAAUCUCAAGCCAGCAUCGAAAGCCACGAUUGUCCCACUUAUCAAUAACGCGCGCGCCAAUGCUCCUUCAUCAACAGCAUUAUCCUCUGCGGGCGCCAACGGUGCAGCAUUAGCUGCGCCGGCGCCCAAGUCCAUUGUAGCGACAAAAACCGCGACGCCAUCAAUGGCUAGGGUCCGGGCUGGAGCGGCUAGAACAGUUCCAGGUAGCCCUGGGACGGCGACAGGUCCAUCCGUACUCAAAUCUUCAGGAAUGCCAGCUCGUUCCCUUGCAAUGAAAGCAUUGUCAUCUGUUCCCUCAUCAAGGCCAUUAUCAUCAUUGAACCACAGCGAUGAUAGGCCCAACGGUCUACCGAAAUCGAGAAUAGCCGUUCCGCGACCUAUUUCUGCUACAUCCCAAGCAGCUUCUUCUGCGGCAUCUUCUCUUCCCUCUGCUUCUAAAAUUAUCCCAUUUCUCAACAGUGCAUCUGAGGGAAGGGCUGCAAGGUUGAAAAGGGAUACUGCUCGUUGGGUCCUUGAUCCUUCACCUAAAGCCUCAGCUGAUCUUUACGAAUAUUUGCAUCAUCAAAUGGAAUCGCAAGUUGCUCCGGAACUCCUAUCCUUACUCUUUAGCAAAGACCAUCGAGCCGAGGAAGAUUUUAUGGCAGGCUUAGCCAUGAUCCGCGAGCUUUACGAUCAGCAGACUUGCGGAAGCUUUGGUUUAGAUGAUCACGAGAUUGAAAGUCUUCAGCUUGCCAACGUUGACAUGGCGCUCAAAUACGCGGCUUUGAAGCUUUUGGUUAACAACACGCAACUUGCUAACAGGUGUUUGGAAGUGAUCAUCCACGUGGUGGAAACGAUGACGAGAUUGAAUCAAAGAUUUUCUGACGCCGAAGCGAAGUUAUUCGUUCCAGCGCUUGUAUUUAAGCUGGGAGAUCCCAAAUUUGUCUCUAAACUCGCGCCUAUUUUCGAGGCUCUCGACAAAGUCAUCGCUGCGUCUCAAGUCGUUGCGCUACUUGUUCAGUACGGUCUAGAGGACAAAUCUGCUGGGAAAACGUGUAAGAACGAAUCAUUGUCGUUGAUUGAGAAGACAUACAGGAAGAGAGGUUCGAUUUUGAGGACCAGGGACGAUAGAAAUUUCUUUGAGACCCUGGCCAAGUGCAUAUCUGAUAGUGCGACCAGAAACGCAGCUCUCACCGUCAUGGCUUUAAUCCAGCUUCAAGGAGAAUCCAAGAGCCUGCACGCGGUAUUGGAGGCCAUGCCGUCUUCUUCUAAAGACAUGCUCGCGAAUAGGAGAGCAACUAUGGCGACAGGGAAAACUAGCGGACAUGGGCAGACUCUUGCCAAAACAUCCGUCGAUCUUGCAUCGCAAGGCGACGUAUCGUCUCCACGACUUAGAAGACCGGCUGGCUUAUCUCAACCCCGAAUCAAUCAAAUUCCCUCC